AGUUUCGAGAAACGGAAGGAGGAAAGAUUGAAUAUCCAGGAGAAUAUUAUGAAACAAAAAAUUAAUUAAAAAAUUCAAACUCUAAUUUGUGGAAUUUGUCGAAUUUUUAUUUUGUUUCGUCUUCUGUCAAUGUUUUUUAGUUGUUUCAUAUAAUAAUGGGAGAUGUCGGGAGGAUACCGUGCAGAAAAUGUACUUUUAUUUGUCGUGGAACAGGGAAGGAAUUAAGUUUUAUAAUAUACUAUUUUUGUAGUAUCAUUUUUAAAUUGUCUGUAGCAUGCUUUAGAAUUCCUUAAUGUUCGAUUUUUUUUUUAAAACUAUUCUGAAGGUGUUCAUUUCUACAAUCCGGAGUUGGAAACGACACCUACUGCAGUGUUUGUUGUCCAGGAUGUAACUGGAAAUGGAAAUUGUGGAUUUAAUGCGGUAAGUUUCCUGUUGUACGGGACAGAAAAACAUGCCCAGAGUCUUAGACAGCAGGCCCUGGAAUUGUUUAAUUUGAGAGAUGAUAAAGAGUUCUUUGGGUUAAAACCUGAAUCGUUCCGGCAUCCGUCUGGGGACUGUGCCCAUUUAAAAAUCUGCAAUAACCGUAGUCCUGGUGUGCACGAGGGACGAAUUCUAAAAGGACAGGGAACAAGCUGUUUGGUUUUCAAUGCCUUCGAUUGUGGCACCUGGAUGGCAAAAGACGGAAUGUGGGUUGGUGGCCCAGAGUGGACGAUGGUGGCAGAAGUAACCGGCCGACCAAUAGUUGUUUUUAGCCCUGAAGUUGAAAAAAACAUGAUGAAUGGCUGGUAUAAAGAUGUAUACCUACCAUCUUACAGACACACUGGUUCUCCUUUACUUAUCAAAAGUAUACCAAACCACUUUCAGGCGCUGAAGGUAGUUCCACUUAGUUGCUUAGAACUUUGUUUGUCAGGUUUGCACAAAGGAGGGAAGAAAAAGCAUAGACCUGGCAAGAUGGAGAGAAAACAAAUGAUGGAGGAGAUUGAAGUUGUGCUAGAUACUGAUCUGCCUGCAGAGUUUGUUAAUGUUGGACCCUGUCAAUUUGAUGCUUCCCGCAGCACCACUCACUCACAGGAUUUGAGGCAACUCCCAUAUAGGCUCACUCCAGCCUCAAAGUAUCUCAAGCAUAUUAGAUCAAUGAAGGAUUUGAAGCAGUGUCAUCGUCGCCUAAAGAAGUUUAGCUCAUGUUCAAGGGCAGUCAAGUAUACAAGAUUAAGAAAGUUGUAUGAUAUAUGUGAAGAACUUGCAGGAGGAGAGCAUACAGCAGAGGUUAUUCAAUAUUUAAAGGAUUUUAGUGAUCGGUUAAACCCUAAGGAAAGUGUUGAUCCAAGAGUAUCGGAAGAAGAAGUUUUACGAAUGGUACACGAAGCACAUUUGAGUUAUACAUCAUUAUGGAAAAUUAAAAGCUUCCUCUGUAGGAAAAACUUAGAUUUUCUUCCCAGCAAAGCUAGAAUUUUGAAGAAAAAAAAACAGAUGGAGAUGAGAGUACCUUUUGAGGUUGGGAAAAUGUUUUUUUUCAGUGACACUAAAUGUAAAGACGGUAAACUUGGUUCGUUCUUCCGAACCUCUAAUUUGGUUGAACAUUCUUUUUCUCAUCUAGCAGAAUAUGACGAGGAAGAUUUAGCUAAAAUCGAUGGUAAGCCGGUGUUAAUUAUCAGUGGAGAUAAAGGAGGGAGCGUUCAGCUUAAGGCCAACACAAUGAAGCUACACACUUCUAUAAUGCUGAAGGACAAUGGACAAGGAGCUGGGCAAUUGUCCCUUUAUGGAGUUUUUGAGGGACAAGAUCAUCAUGAAAAUUUGGCCCGAUUUCAUGAACCCUUAAAUGAGGCUCUGUGUGAACUUCAGAAAACGUUUAAAGUGGGGUUACAAGGUGAUUUAGCGUUUACAAGUGCUUUUCAAGGCCAUCAAGGCCAAGCUGCAUGGAACUGCAGCUUGUUCAGCUAUUCUGAGAAACCGCAUCUUUUGGAAGGACAUAAGGACGGAAGUCCUCACAAUGUUAGUAACCCUGCUUGUAUCAAAUCAGUCACGCUCCGAACAGUCAAGGAGAUGGAGGAUGAUUAUCAGGCUAAUGUGCUCAGCAAGAAAGGUUUAAGGGCAGAGGGUAUGUUUCAUGGCAGUAUUAUUGGAAAGAUGAUUUUCAAGCCAGUAGAAAAUAUUCUUCAAGUUAAAUGUUCCCAACUCCACCUUUUCAUGGGCGUGGCUAGUGGUCUAGUUGAUAAAUUCGAAAACAACCUAGAAGGAUUGGAUAGAUCAGAGGAGUUUGAGAGCCAGAACAAGUUGCUAGAAAAAGAUCUUAUUUCAGAGGAAAUUGAGAAGAAACAGGAACAAUUAAAACAGCUGGAUCUAGAGCACAGGAGAAUCAAUGAGGAAGUGAUUGACCUCAAAAAUAUUCUGCUUCGUCGUACUGAACGAGCAAAUAAUGAGAAGCAUGCCAAAAUCCUUAGUUCGAUCAGAGUAAAACGGAAACGCGUGCAGUGCUCCAGUGAUGACUGCAUCAUUACUGGAUGGGACGAUGCAAGUUUUAUUAAAUGCUCCUUCUGCUUUAACGAGCUGCAUUUACUUUGUGAGGGAACAUCCUCUGUUAUUCUGCAAAAUACUGACACAGUAGAUUAUCAAUGUGUUCGCUGCAGAGAGAUUGCUCCCGAAGUAGUAAUACAGGAGGAGAUUGAACAACGUGAAAAUCUAUUGAGAGAAAAAAUGUAUGAAGGAAAAAUCUCCAACCUGGGAGCAGAGAUAAUUCUCCUGACCCAACGUCAUGACACUGACAAGG